AUAUACGCCAAAGCGGAUUUCAAGCAGCUCUUAGGUCGAGAGUUUUAAAUCUAUUGGCUUGUUGCCUACCGUUGUAAAAACUGUAUUCUGUGCUGUGAAAUUAUUUUAUUCGUUCAACAAACUGGCGAGGUAACGCUGUAUAAGCAGGAAAUCUGUAAACCAAAGUUUAUUCAACUUAUUCGUUUAAGUCCCGAGCAAUGUAUUUCGGAACUUAAUCUUUGCCCACAAAUAUUGAAGGCUGUGAACCGAACUUUGAUGUGCAUGGUGAAGUGUGACAUUAUUCAUCAUAAAUUGCUCAAUGAAAUGCGAUCGGAUUGGAUUGGUAGUGCCGUAGAAAACGUUUACUCUCGGCAUGAUUCCACUGUUAGAAAUCUGCGUUGAUUCUUUCGAAUCCGCCGUAGCUGCGAUUCGAGGCGGUGCCGAUCGACUGGAGCUCUGCGCAGCGCUCAGUGAGGGUGGUCUAACGCCUUCCGUUGGACUGCUGCGCGAGGUGAAAAAUUUCAUCGCAACAAAUCACGCCUCAACGGUGGUUCUGUACGCAAUGAUCCGUUGUCGCAGGGGUAGCGAUUUCUGCUACAGCUCAACGGAAAUGAAGAUCAUGCUGCAUGAUUUAAGACUGCUGAUGGAGAAUGGAGCGGAUGGAUUCGUUUUUGGAGCACUUACGGUUACGGGGGAAAUUGAUGAGGAAAACUGUAGAUUAAUUGCAACGGAAGCUUUGGCAGGCCAAAAACCUGUUACAUUCCAUAGGGCGUACGACUGCACCGACAGAAACAAUAUGCGAAGCAACCUUGAAAUAAUAGCUUCCCUGGGAUUUACCACGGUUCUAUCCAGUGGAUUUGAGAGCACUGCAGUGCAAGCUCUGUAUACGGUAGCUGAGCUCGUCAAAGUUGCAAACGAAAUAAGCUUGAAAACCGGUACGUUGUUAACGUUAAUGCCAGGAUCGGGAGUGUCGCCAAGCAAUGCUCAAGAAAUCGUGAAACGAACAAAUUGUUCCGCCAUUCACGCGUCUGCUAGAUCAACGAAAAAAGUCGACACAGGAGCUCUAUCGAUGGGUGGAAGUACCGCGGACGGUGAAGGUUUACUUAUUUGUGAUGAAGCAAUCGUCAAAGAAAUAAAAGCACAGAUAAGAUUAUGGAAGGAACAGUAAUACAAAAUUAUGUUCCCAUCUCCAGCUACAUGAACAUAGCAAACGUUCGCACUUCUAAUAAUUGGUGUAAUGUUUCGGUAGGAAAGUAUUUCACAUUAAUCUUUUUUUUUUUCGACAGAUUCGUCAUUACAGGGCGAAUAGUUAAUUUUAAGGUACAUAAUUUAAAUGAAAGCAUUUAUUUGAAUAUUUUAACUUUUAAAAAACAUCGGAGUAAAAUAUAGAAAAAAAAACAUUUCAGUUGCCCUGUUCACAGGAUAGUGAUUUUUUUUAUGGUUUAUUGUCAUUAAACUGUUUCUCUGUUUAUUGUAAUAUAAAAACAUGCUUCCCAGAAAUAGAAACUAAUGCCAUAUGUAGAUAGAUGCGAGUGAAGAUCGUUGAAACGAAUCAGUUUGUGUCUAUUUUUCCUUGAAAAUAGAUUCAUU